UGACAAUUUUCGCCUUUCGGCCAUAUUGUUAUGACGCAUACAAGAUCAUAGGUCUCCGCCAGUGACGAGUCUUCUCGCAGUUGACGUGGCUACUACGUACCGUCCCGUUCGCCCACUCCGGACGCAGCAUAUACGGUGACGAGGAAUACGUAACUGGUGAGCGAAGUGGGCAUGGACGGAAUGGUCGAGGAGAACGGCACGUCUGGCGCUGCAGGCGUCGCGGAUCCUCUAUCGAGCGCGGGGUCCUCGGCCGGCGGCGCGCCGCACGUCGUCGUCACCAGCAUCGUGCAGCUCACGUUGCCGACACAGGCGCCAUCCGCACAGGUGCAAUCAGUAAUACAACCUAAUCAACAGUCUGUAAUUCAAACAGCAUCUAAUAUACAACCAGUGCAAUUGCCAAAGGGAAAUGUUAUAUUGGUCACUAAACCAAGCUCAGUUAUACACACCACCCAGGGAACUUUGCAAACUUUACAGAUUAAACCGGAACCUAACACCAUACUGAGCGCACAAGGACAAUCAUGCAGUGAUGACAGUUGUAGUGAUGAUGAAAGUCCCAAGAGGAAAUAUAGAGAGAUGCUGACCCGUCGCCCUUCAUAUCGAAAAAUUCUUAAUGAUCUUGGUGGUGCAGAGAUUGCAGAAAAUCGCAUGGGAACUAAAGGAUUGGAAAAUGAAGUUUCGCUGUCGUCUUUAUCGUUUGCGCCAGUGAUUCCAGCUGACAGCGGGCUGCACACGCUGGCAGUGUCGGGCACGGCGGGCGGCGGCGCCAUCGUGCAGUACGCCAAUCAAGACGGACAGUUCUACGUACCGGGGCCGAUACUAGAAGACCAAACGCGCAAACGAGAGUUGCGGCUACUUAAAAACCGGGAAGCAGCUAGAGAAUGCCGACGCAAGAAGAAAGAAUACAUCAAAUGUCUGGAAAACAGAGUUGCAGUGUUAGAAAACCAAAACAAGGCUCUAAUAGAUGAAUUAAAAUCACUAAAGGAACUGUAUUGUCAGCAAAAAACUGAAUGAGGUCCAGCCGGCUAACCAGGUGUGCCGCUGCCCUGCCGGUGAGAGCCUCGAGGCACGCUGAAGAUACUUUACUGUGUGCAGACUCCUCGGCCGCGUCCAGGUUGAAGUGCCGAGGUGGACUGCUAAUGUAUAUGAAUACAAUACGAGUUGAUUCUAAAACGAAUCCCUUGGGAGAAAAUAUUACUAUAUGUACUUUUAUUUACUUUUUAUUGUAGCAAAGUACAGCUUGGCAAAAAAGUGUAGAAACGGGAAUACUUUUUACAACACUAUUCAACUUGACAGUUGUUAGUGUAUGCUGUCAAAAGUGAUUAUUCUAUCGGCUUUGAAGGUUUUGUUGAUAAGGUUACAUUUACGUUUCUCGUAUUCGUGUUGCCAUAUUGGCGAUAGUGGCGCCUCUAUUAAUUUCUACUCUUUUUUGCCUGGCUAUAUCCGCCAUUAUCAGCACUUAGUCAUAGUUCUAAUACGACUUAUUUGUAUACAGUUAUCACAAUGGAAAAAAAAUGUUUAGAUGAAAUGUUACCAUUCGAAAUAAUUUAUUUUAUUUACAAGAGAAGAAAAAUAAUAAUUAAUCAGUUUGAAACUCUCAACUGAAAGAAUAUAACAAUCUAUCCUGUAAUAUCAGUUAGGCUGGCCACUGGAUGUGAUGCCAUUUUCAAAAUACACAUUUUGAAACUACUACACAGAAUCUAAAGUAGCUAACCUGCUUAGUGUUCCAGUUUCAUAAUUGCUAUAAAAAGAUUAUUAUAAUAAUAGGGCUUGUUUUACGUAAAGUUAACAUAUUCAGUUAUGUUUUGUUUAUUUAUAGAUUGAAUUUAUUUUUAUUUGAAUAUUUUUACCGCAUCGUGUAAUUGUUUUUGACAUGCAAAUGAAUUAUUAUUGGUUCAUUAUAUUUAUCUGAACUCCCAGUGUUACUUUCGCAAUGAAUAUUUUUUUUUUACUAAAUUUAAUUAAACAAUAAAUGAAAUUGUUAUCAAGAAGUUAUAUUGUAUUUGUAGUUCACAAAUAUUUACUCAUCUGAGGAUAUAUUCCAGCUUUGUAAACUGGACUUUUGUGCCAUUUCAUAAAAGAAAAUCUUCCUUUUCUAAAAAUCUAUCUUUUCAACUUUAUAAACUGUCUUUUUUAACCAACUUCAAAAAAGGAGGUUUCUCAAUUCGACCGUAUAUAUUUUUUUUUUUAAUUGUGGUACACACUCCAUAAAUAAUGAUACAUUUAUCUCAUUCUGUGAUGAGGAAACAGUGAUAGAUUUUACCGAAUCUAAUUGUGUAAAGCAAGUGUCGUAGGUUGCUUAAUAAUGUAUUCACAAUACUUCACGGUAUUUUAAUUGAUAAGCCAAAGUUAAUGUUUAGAUAUUUGUGCAAUAAUAUUAUUGCAAUGUACAGAUUUUAGUGAAGUACCAUUUUUUCAGCCCUAAAAAGAUUAUAAAGAUGGAAAUGAUGUGUACAUUAUGUAUAAAUAGACUAGAAUGUAUGUAUAGUGUAUUUUAAAAGUUUCAAUUAUUUUGUACAUAAUAUAUUACGUAUUUGUGAACGGAAGUUGAUGUUGCAUAUCAUCUAAAUUAAUUCUCAAUUACGCUGAUUAAUAUUUACGAAAGAAUCCUUAUACACAUUACUGUUUAGAGUGGUUUUAGACGUCAUUCAUUUCGAUUCACGAAAAAAUGUAAAAAAUAGGUAUGUAUUAUUUUGUAAAAGGGUAAUAUUAAUUGAUUCUUAGACAUAAAAUAAGAUUUUUAUAUGAAUCAUUUGCCAUGAUUGAUGUGCAGAAUACCUAGAUAAUGUUAUAAUAGUUAUAAAUAAUUGUUUUAUUUUCAUUUCAGCGUUGUUGUUAACUGACAUAAUAGUUGUUUAUUAUGUUUAAACAUGUCUACCAUGGCAAAUGAUGUACACGUAAGAUUAAUUAAUGUAAGACAUUGUGGAAAGUGCCUUUAAAUUUAAAAUGAAUAAAGUUUAUACCGACAUAGCUUCUUAUGUUAACUUAUGCUAUUUAUAAAUAUUAAUAAUAUUAACUGUUUUGAUGUAUUAUUAUGUUGUUUACUUUUGUUUUCUAAUUAAGUUUACCAAGCGUAAAUUUUAUUUUUGUUUAAAUUUACAAAUACAACAAUUCAUCUAACUAUCGUGUUCCUGACAUAUAAUAUAACAAAUAAUUUUGUCAAUAAUAUGGUACAUAAAUGCUGGAAAGUGACGUGAAAUAAUAAUAAAAUUAAGAUGAUAAAAUAUA